UCACUUUUGUAAAUAGAAUUACUUUUAGAGAAAUUUUCAGAGUAUUUACAAAAUUAAACCAUGGAAAUAAAGUAUUUAUUUAUUUUGUAAAUAACAUCUUAAGCUGGAUUGCUGAAUUUUACUCUGUAAACACCACCUAACUAGCGCACAAAGCAAUGGCUAAACCUAUAGAUAUAGAUAAACCAAAAUGGGACCAGAGUACAUACGCGGGCCGUGCCAAACAUUUCUUGCUUCUCACUAAUCCGAUAAACUGUUUAGCUAGUGAUGAGGACUUGGAUAUGGCUAAAAGGGCUCUUGACGAGUACAGGAAAACCAAAGCAAUGCCCCAUGGUUACAAUGAGGAUAAGUUAUGGGCAGCUAAAUACUUGUACGACAGUGCAUUUCAUCCUGACACAGGCGAGAAGAUGCUUAGAGUCGGUCGUAUGUCUGCACAGGUGCCUAUGAACACACUGAUCACAGGGUGUAUGAUCACUUUCUAUAAAACAAGACCGGCCAUCAUCUUUUGGCAAUGGUUCAAUCAGACGUUUAACGCCAUGGUUAAUUACACUAAUCGCUCAGGAGACGCAGUUAUCACUACGAAGCAGUUGUUGGCAUCCUAUUGCGCAGCCUGUAGUGGUGCUCUAACUACAGCUUUGUACCUAAACAGUAAAGUUAAGGGCAUGAAUCCAGUGUUCGCGCGGUUGGUACCCUUUGCAGCUGUGUGCGGCGCUAACUUCAUCAAUAUCCCUAUGAUGAGGAGCACUGAGCUAAUAAACGGUACGCCUGUAUUUGCACCAGAAGGUCAGAGAGUUGGUGACUCUAAGAUCGCUGCACGCACAGGAAUUUUUCUCGUAUGCAUAUCUCGAGUGGCGAUGGCACUUCCUGGCAUGACUUUUGUCCCGAUUAUAACGAACACGGCAGUACAAAAAGGUUUAUUCUGCCACUACCCACUGGCCGUAAUACCAUUCCAAUUAGCUCUUGUAUGUUUUUGUGCCGCCUUCGCCACACCACUCGGAUGCGCUUUUUUCGAACAGAAAGCUUCUUUGAGUAUUGAUGCUGUAGAAAAAGAAAUAAAGGAAAUUGCAAUUAAAGUAUCACCAAAGGCAAAAACAGUUUAUUACAAUAAAGGUUUGUGACGAGUAAAUCAGUACAAUGCAUUAUUUUACCAAGUUGGUGUGUUGCUGCAAACUACUUAGUGGUACCUGCCCAUAGACUACGUGGGUCGCGCUGGUACUCUUUUACGAAGAGCAGCAACGUUUUUUCUUGUCUACAUCACUCGUGCCUUGUUUAUGGGACAAGGAUGUCAUAUAUUAUGGUUGCGAGUAGAAACUUUUUUCUGGAAUUAAUAGGUAUACCUAUUAAGUGCUUUGUUGCCUACCUUUAAUGACCUUUGUGUUAGAAUCGGUUUACACAAUAAACUCUUAAGCGUUUAUUUCACCCUUAAUAAAUUAAGUUUUUAAUAAUUUCUUUUUUAGAACUUUUAAAUAAAAUUUACACUUUUUUCUAUGGAAGGGUUUUGAAAACUUGUUAUGUAAUUUUUUAUUUACAUUAGGUCCGGUCAUGGAUUGAUUGUAUCGUGGUUUUAUUUUAACAUGGGCUCUAUUGAUUGUUUACCAAGCCAGUGGCAGCCUCUGAGGUG